AACAAAAUCGAGCUAGUCUUCCUCGCUUCCUUCUAUUGCUCCCCUUCUUCUUUCUUUGCUACAAGAAGAGGAGCAGAGAAAAGGAUUCUUUUUUUUCUUCUUCUUCUUUUUCUUUGAGGGUAAGGGAGGCAGAAGCCAUCCAAAUCAAAAAAGACUUAUCAUAUUGCAAUUUCAAUCUUUAUAUUGGAAGUUUUGUCGUACCGAAAAUUGUUUAAAAGUGUUAUAAGCAGAGGAGAACAAAUCUUGGUGUCGAAGAUGACGAAGCAGAAUGUGAUGAUGCCGGAGGAGAUGGCCAUCACGGCGGCGACGGCCGCAGGGAAGGUGGCGAACUCGUCCACACACUUGUUGUUCCCGCCGCCGCGUGGGAAUAGCGGCAACGUCAAUUAUGCGAGUUAUAAGAGGCUUCUAAGCCAGCUUGAGCUUAACGGUGGCAGUGGGAGGCUCAAUGCGUGGGUCGACUCGAUGAGGGCGUCAUCUCCCACACAUAUCAAGUCGGAUUCUCCGCUCGCAUCCCCGGUCGUAGCCUCUGAUGAUGAAGAGUAUGAGAAUUGGAAGAAACAACAUCCAUCGGCGUUAGACAUGUUCGACGAGAUCACGGCUGCGUCGAAGGGGAAGCAGAUCGUGAUGUUCCUCGACUACGACGGGACCCUAUCUCCGAUCGUCGAUGACCCUGAUCGUGCGUUUAUGUCUGAUAACAUGAGGUCAGCUGUUAGGGAAGUGGCAAGAAGUUUCCCAACUGCUAUUGUAAGCGGAAGAUGCAGAGACAAGGUGUAUAGCUUUGUACAAUUAAGGGAGUUGUACUACGCCGGUAGCCAUGGCAUGGACAUCAAAGGACCUGCCAAACAGCCCAAACACACGAAAGCUAAGGCAAACGCACUUCUCUUUCAACCGGCAAGUGAGUUCCUGCCCAUGAUAGAUGCGGUUUACGAGGCAUUGGUCGAGAAAACUGAAUCCACUCCGGGGGCCAAGGUGGAGAAUAAUAAGUUCUGUGUAUCAGUCCACUUCCGCUGUGUGGAUGAGAAGAAAUGGAGUGCAUUAGCCGAGCAGGUUAGAUUAGUGCUCAAGGACUACCCCAGACUCCGGCUCACCCAAGGAAGAAAGGUGUUGGAGAUUCGUCCUACUAUCAAAUGGGACAAGGGGAAGGCCCUCGAGUUUCUAUUAGAGUCUCUUGGAUUUGCCGACUGCAACGACGUGUUCCCGAUAUAUAUCGGAGAUGAUCGCACCGAUGAAGAUGCUUUCAAGGUAUUGCGUGAUAGAGGACAGGGCAUAGGCAUUCUUGUUUCCAAAUUUCCAAAGGAGACCAGUGCCUCCUAUUCUCUCCGAGAGCCUGCCGAGGUUAUGGACUUCUUACAUCGCCUGGUGAACUGGAAGCGUCUCUCCCUCAAGGAACGUGAGAAAGUACUGUAAAUAACAUAGGAUGCAACCCAUCAUCCCCAGGAAAAGUCCUGGGUUGGGACUAGAUGGGAAGAGUUGUUUUCUUGCUCGAGGAAAAGUAGUCGUUAUAAAUAGUGCCGUUUCUCUUUUAUUCUAGUUGCCUUUUUCUUUUCUUCUAGUAGGCCUUUUCUCGCCUCCUCCUAUUGGGCCAGCUAGAAAGCAUAUCAAAUUGUCUUCCUGGCCAGUCUUGUAAUGAUAAAUUUUAUGUACAAUGAAAGAAAAAAUAGCAAUUGUUUUUGCCCAUACAA